CGGCAAGACCGUUGGCUCGAAAAGGACUGGCCGGCGUUGUCACACCCGUCUCUCUGUUCUCUCGCACACAACAGCAAACAACAGCAACAACAGCAACAACAGCAGCAGCAAAAGCGCAUUGUUUAUUGAAGUGGCUUGCAACGUGCAUCAAUCUCUAUCUAGCUAGUACCAUGUCGGCUGGAAUUGCUCAAGGACGUCUCCGAGAGGAACGAAAGAACUGGCGAAAGGACCAUCCUUAUGGCUUCUUUGCACGCCCUGAAUCAUCGGGAGAGGGAUCUUCCAAUAUCAUGAAAUGGAACGCUGGCGUCCCAGGGAAGGAAGGCACAGAUUGGGAGGGUGGAGUGUACAAAGUUGCCAUGGAGUUUAGCGCGGAUUAUCCAUCCAAGCCACCCAAGUGCAAGUUUGUGCCGCCUCUUUUUCAUCCCAAUGUGUAUCCAUCGGGAACGAUCUGUCUUUCUAUCCUUAACGAGGAAGAAGGGUGGCGACCAGCUAUCAGUAUCAAGCAGAUUCUGUUGGGAAUCCAAGAUCUGUUGGACGACCCUAACCCAGCCAGUCCAGCCCAAAGUGAGGCCUUCAAUCUUUACAUGAAUGAUAAAGCCUCGUACAAAUUGCGAAUUCGGGCCGAGGCAAAAAAGAACAUGCCUUAAAAUGAGAGUAUCACUCCACACAACACCACAAUUUACAUACAAUUUCGUCGAGAACACUAAACAUGGAAAUAUUCUGACGGUGUUGCGGGGCAGCCAUGCAAAUGUAUUUUCCAAGAAGAGAAGAAAGAGCAAUCUGCUAUACGAACGAAAAAGUCUCAAUCAGCAUCGCAUCAGUCGGCAAGGAUAAAGACCUGAGCUCCGAUAUCUAGCAAUGAAUCGAGGUUUUGUAGGAGUAAUGCACUAGUACUUAUUCGGUUACUUCCG